UGUGCGCGCGCGGCGGGGACAUGCCGGGGGCGGCGGGCGCGGGCCGGAGGGCGCGGGCGCGCGAGCGGGGGUCCCCGCCGCGGCGAGGCGCCCCCCGCACAAAGCCCGGGGUGGGCCGAGGCCGGAGCGCGGGGACCCCGGCCGUCUUUGCCCGCCCCGCCCGGGGAAGGCCGUGCGCGAGGAAUGGCCUCUCAUCCAAGGGCCAGCGAGGAGCGGUGACCGCGGGGCCUGAGUUCAGAGCUCUGCCUGCCAGGGACACUGCUCUCCUCCAGGAGAGGAGGCAAAAGCAGGAGGCAGCAGGGACAGGAAUUGAGCUGAAAACCAUGCCCCCGAGCUUGGUGACGUUUGGGGAUGUGGCCAUAGACUUCUCCCAGGAGGAGUGGGAAUGGCUGAACUCAGCUCAGAGGACUCUGUACAGGAAUGUGAUGUUGGAGAACUACAGGAACCUGGCAUCGCUGGGACUUUGCGGUUCUAAGCCUGAUAUGAUCUCCUCACUGGAACAGAGGAGAGAGCCCUGGAUCACAAAGAGAAAGUUGACAAGAGGCCGGUGCCCAGACUUGAAGGCUGUGCCAGAGACCAAGGAGUUACCUCCAAAGAAGGACUUCUGUGAAGAGAAGUUAUCCAAGGCACUGCUGAUGGAGAGACUCACGGACUGCAGUCUGCAGUGCUCCGUAUUCGGGGAAAACUGGGAUUAUGGUGCUCUGUUUGAGAGGCAGCCGGGCUUGGUAACCAUCACCAGUGUGGCCGUAGACUUCUCCCAGCAGCUUGAGCCAGCUCAAAAGAGUUUCUGUAAGAACGUGAUGUGGAAGAACCAUGACCUGGGGCCAGUAGGACGUUGUGUUUCUAAGCCAGAUUUGGUCUCUGUAUUGGAGCGAGAGAAGGAGCCUUGGCUGGUGAAGAGAGAGCUGACAAGAGGCCUGUUCUCAGGUCAGCAAUCUAUACGGGAGAUCCAGGAAUUAUUUCCAAAGCAGCAUUCAUUUUCUGAAGUGGAAACAGACAGAACUUUAAACACUAACCUGGAGUGUUCCACUUUCAAAGAAAAUUGGGAUUCUGGGGGUGUGUUUGAAAGGAAGCUGGUAGCUCAGGAGGCACAAUUCAAGGGAGAGACACUCACUCAUAACAAAACCCUCUCUUUGGAAAGAGAACGUACGUGUAACAAAUCUGGAAGAUGGUUCCAUUUAGAUGUUUCAGAAGAGAGAGGUCAUAAUCGUGAUUCAGUUAAGAAAACUUUCCCCAAAAAUUCAGUGGUAAUAAAGCAUACAGGAAUCUAUGCAGGAAAGAAACUUUUUAAAUGUAGUGAAUGUAAGAAAACUUUUACCCAGAGCUCAUCCCUUACUGUUCACCAGAGAAUUCAUACUGGAGAAAAACCCUAUAAAUGUAAUGAAUGUGGAAAGGCCUUCAGUGAUGGUUCAUCCUUUGCUCGACAUCAGAGAUGUCACACUGGCAAGAAGCCCUAUGAAUGUAUUGAAUGUGGAAAAGCUUUCAUACAGAACACAUCCCUUAUUCGUCACUGGAGAUAUUAUCACACUGGGGAGAAACCCUUUGAUUGCAUUGACUGUGGGAAAGCCUUCAGUGAUCACAUAGGACUUAAUCAACAUAGGAGAAUUCAUACUGGAGAGAAACCCUACAAAUGUGACGUGUGUGACAAAUCCUUUCGGUAUGGCUCAUCCCUUACUGUCCAUCAAAGGAUUCAUACUGGAGAAAAACCAUAUGAAUGUGAUGUUUGUAGAAAAGCCUUCAGCCAUCAUGCAUCACUCACUCAACAUCAAAGAGUGCAUUCUGGAGAAAAGCCUUUUAAAUGUAAAGAAUGUGGGAAAGCUUUUAGGCAGAAUAUACACCUCGCUAGUCAUUUGAGGAUUCAUACCGGAGAGAAACCCUUUGAAUGUGGGGAAUGUGGUAAAUCCUUCAGCAUCAGUUCACAGCUGGCCACCCACCAGAGAAUUCAUACUGGAGAGAAGCCCUAUGAAUGUAAGGUUUGUAGUAAAGCAUUCACCCAGAAAGCUCACCUUGCACAGCAUCAGAAAACUCAUACAGGAGAGAAACCAUAUGAGUGUAAGGAAUGUGGUAAAGCCUUCAGCCAGACCACACAUCUUAUUCAACAUCAGAGAGUUCAUACUGGAGAGAAACCCUAUAAAUGUAUUGAAUGUGGGAAGGCCUUUGGUGACAACUCAUCCUGCACUCAACAUCAGAGGCUUCACACUGGCCAAAGACCUUAUGAAUGUAUUGAAUGUGGGAAGGCCUUCAAGACAAAGUCAUCCCUUAUUUGUCAUCGCAGAAGUCACACUGGGGAGAAACCUUAUGAAUGUAGUGCAUGUGGCAAAGCCUUUAGCCAUCGUCAGUCUCUUAGUGUACAUCAGAGAAUUCAUUCUGGAAAGAAACCAUAUGAAUGCAAGGAAUGUAGGAAAACCUUCAUCCAAAUUGGACACCUUAAUCAACAUAAAAGAGUCCAUACUGGAGAGAGAUCCUACAACUAUAAGAAAAGCAGGAAAGUCUUCAGGCAGAGUACACACUUUGCUCAUCAGAGAAUUCAUACUGGAGAGUCAUCAACACGCACCCCUUUACCUUCCACAUCAAAUCCUGUGGAUCUGUUUCCCAAAUUUCUCUGGAAUCCGUCCUCACUCCCAUCACCAUAGUCUCAAAACAUCAUUAUUUCAGUUAGACUAUUCCAAUAUUUUAAAAACUUGUCUCUCUGCUCUUUUUGUUUCAUGUUGUUUUUGUCCUUUACAAGUUUGUUGUUCACAUUGCAGUCAGAUUGAUUUUUUUAAGUGUAAGUGUAAUUCAUUCACUCCUCAUGUAAACAUUUGUUGAGAUCUUUUAAAUUGGUUAAUGCAUAAGAUGUUCUUAGCACAGUGCCUGAUCCAUACUAAGUGUUGAGUAAUUUUAUCUCUUUUAAAAAUAUUAUUUGGAGACAUUGAAGAGUUACUAUAGUUAGCUCUGAAUAAAAAUGAUGCAUAGAAUGAGGCUAGGAGAAACCAGAAUUUAGAUCAGAAACAGGAGUUUCAAGGUAGUCAAUGAGGCUUUGCCAAUGUUGGUGUAAAACUUCAUUCCGUAAGGUUGAGUUAGUAUUGUGCCUUCCCAUCUUAAUCUGCAAAACUGUAAGGUGAUGUGACCCUGUUGGUGAGAAAAUUCAACUUUACUAUACAUCCGCCAGCAGUCUUAGCAAGUGUGUGGAGAGCAUGGAUGACUGGGCCACUUGGAGCAAAAGAACUGGAACAAUCAGAACAAUGCAAGAUUUACAUGCAUAAGUUAAAACUACUGAUAUGUUACUCAAGAACUAGAAAACUUAGCAAGAUUUGACCUAUUUAAAGUCACUUGGGCUUAUGAAUGAAUUCUAUUAAACUUUCAAGGAACGGUUAACCUUGAAGUAAACUGAUCUAGAGUAGGUGUCAGCAAACUGUGACUCAUGGCCAAAGUCUCACUGCCUGUUUUUGUGUGACCCAUGAUAAAUUUUUAAAAAAAGUUUAAUGGUUGAACAAGUGAAAAUAGUAUUUUAUGACAAUGUAAAAAUUAUAUGAAGUUUAAAUUUCAGUGUCUCUAAAGUUUUAUUGGCUCACAGCCACACUCAUUAGUUUACAUAUUGCCUGUGGCUGCCUUCACCCUACAAUGGCAAAGUUGAGUAGCUCUAACAGACAGUAUGACCUGCAAAACCUCACAGAGUUACUCUCUAUCCUUUUACAGAAAAAGUUUGCCAACCCCUGCUCUAGUGCAGAGAAGAAUAUGCAAAAGGUUUUAAUUAUGUCUAUGAGGGUAAUACAACUCUCACAUCAAAAACAAGAAAUACUAUGAAACAAUUUAUGAAUAGAGGUGAAAAAUUAUUAAACUAUAUUGAACAAUAGGAAAAAUGUCAAUAAAAGAAAUAUGGCAUUUUUCUAGAUGAAAUAAUACUAUUAAAAUGUUUGUAAAUUGUCAUUCACAACAGAGUCCCAGUAGGAUAUGUUUACUUUGACAGUUUUAGUUAAAAUAACACGAGGAAGGAUAAUUUGGCAAGCAUAGCAGGGAAAUCUUUGAAGUAGAUUUCUUCACAUUUGAGAUUUUGGCGUAUCAUAAAACUGGUUUUUCAUUAUUGGGGAGAUGAUGUUUUGACAGUUGGUUAUCCAAUCUCCAAAAAAAAGUUUGAAGCACACUUUCACCUUAGAGAGAAAUAUAACACAAUUGUAUUUGACAUCUCUAAUAAAUAAUGUGUUGGAGGCAAACAUAGAGAAGAGGAAAGCUUCACUAAGGGACGUGGAGUUGUAGAAGACCUAAGGAGGAGAGUUAGCUGGGCUGUACAAGGAUUUGAAACGUGGUCAUGGUGAAAGGCGCCAAAAAGAUGUAAAAGGCAAUUGCCAGAAAAUAUGCACAACUUGUAUGAAAGAAUAUAUCAUUUAGGAAGAGAGUGCCAUUACACAUACAAAGCAGUGGGAGGAAAACUGGUAGUGCUUACCAACAGGCAUGUCACAGUUGAAGAACUCAAAUGAAUAAAGAAAAUUUGUGAAGUUCUUACCCUCAUUCAUCAGAAAAUUACAAAUUAAAAUUUCUUGGCUCUCAGAUGGAUUAAAAUCUAAAACUUGGAUAAUAUUCAACACUGCUGUCAGUGUUGGAAGAUAGGUACUUGUUCAUCAAUAGUGUAAAUUUGUCUCCUACCUUUUUGGAUGGCAAUAUGGCAUGACCUGUCAACGUCAUAAAUGUGCAUUUCCUUUGAAACAGUAAUUCUAGAUCUAGGAAUUUUAUCCCAUUGGAAUAAAUAGGUAGAUGUAAAUAAUGUUUACUGCAGAAUUGUUUUAAUUAUGACAAAUAGGAUUUCAGUGUCCUGCCAAGCAGAUUGAUUAAAUUGUGAUUCUUCAAUACUGUAUUGUCCAGCUAGUAGAAAAAGUUUAAGCUCUAUGUAUGCUUCUAUGGAGAGUUGUCCGUGCACAAUAUAUUAAAUGAAUUAUGUGAUUUGCAGAACCUUAUGUAUAAAAUGAUCUUGUAGUCUUAGAGUCAAAAUUAAUCUUGAAUAUACAUAUAUGUGUGCGUAUAUAUAUGUGUGUGUGUGUGUACAUAUGUUUAUAUAUAUAUUCAGUAUAUAUGUUGAAAUCUGUUUUUGUCUUUAACACGCAUACUUUCCCUAGCUCUUUGUUGACACUUUUUGUUUCUUCAUUUUAUAUUGUUCAGGUGAACUGCCAGUUACACAUGCCUCCAAUUAAGCCAAUCAGAUUUUUCCUUCUUUGUACUUUGAUUGGAUACACAGGGACAGUAGCAGGGCCAAUAUUCAGUUUUAUGUAUGGCCAUAAAGGAUAUUUUCUUUCAGUCAGUAUGCAUUUUGAUUGGUUGGGGCCCAUACUGUACUAGCUGUUAAAUAUAUGAAAUGUCACUCGUGGACUGGAAGUCAUUGGAAUUCACUCAUCCUUUUGGCAGCAACCUCAAGAUUUCUGCAUCUCUAUACCUAUCACUCUAGUCCAUUAAAAUGACUCCUGCUUUCUCACA